AUGACCGCCGUCCUCUCUCCGACAGAUGCUCUCAGAAGAGACAGAGGGAUGUCUAUCGACGACUCUUCGAUUAGUUACUCUGCCCUGACCUCCACCGACUGGCGUGUUAAGUACAAUGAGGUGGCCGAUAUGCUGGCAGAAACUCGGACUGAGCUCGACGACUUUCAUCACGCUAGUAAGGAGCUUGAGGCAGAGUUGGAGGCAGAGCUUCAGAGGACAGAGAAGGCCCAGCAGGAUCUAAGGGUUAAGGUGGCAAGAGCAGAAACUGAGCGGGACAACUGGAAGUCCAAGUUCAUAUCUCUUCAAACGACUCACAAUACAAUCACGACCUCUCUUCAACGCGAACUCGAUAGGCUACGACAAGAACAUCAGACAGUCAAAGUCCAGCUGCGCGAACUCGAAAUGGGUAACGAUGACCUUGAGAGAACGGAGCGUGCAGUAUCUUCCACUUUGGCCGAUGUGGAGGGAAAAUAUACCCGUGCCUUGGAGGAAAAGAUCCUGCUCGAGCACGAGUUGAUUGAUAAAGCAAACGUGGAGGAACAGUGCCAACGACUCAGAGACGAGCUUCGAGAUGCCAAUGCUGAAAUCUCUCACUUGAAACACCAGCUAACCACGCGAUCCUCUACUGCUUCCAGUGACAGCUCUCACUCUAGCGGACCCUCAUUCCCCCGAAUGUCGGCACCCUCAACUGAGGAUCUGCUUAGUACACCAGCUCCCCCAGAUUUGCAAUUAUCAGAACUCGAUCUGAGUACCGAAACUCUUCAAGACUCGAGUACAUCGGAAGAUGAAGUAACUCCACGUAAACAAAUUCCAAACUCGAAAGGUCAUUCGGCACUCCUUCAACGUGCAGGCUUUAUGCCUGCUCAGACUUCCUCCCUAUCUACGCCUCCAAGCAGUUCUUCUAUACCUCGUUCCAGGACAAUUCCAUCAUUUUCGUCACCUCGAACUCCAACAUCUCCUACCAAGCGUGCAGCAGUCGCGCGUAAUCCAUCAACAAUGAGCACGAGCUCAACAACUAGCACAGCUUCCAAGAGCAGGGGUGUCCAAAUGGUAACCGAGAUGCGUGCUAGAGUCAAAAAUCUUGAACAAAAGAUUCACACUCGGGUUCCGAGACUACGAAUGGGGAGCAUGUCCGGACGACCAAACGCCAACGCGCUUGCGGCGUCUAGCAUUGGGACCCCAACUCAACCGUCUAGCACACGAAACGUACUCAGCCGUACGAGCUGGGACAACCCCUUAUUAACCAGACGCAGUUCAGAAUCCAAACGAAGCACUGAGUCAGAAUCAGAGAAGAGCAAAAAAGGUUCAGGUGAUACUUCAGGCUGGGUUCUCAUUAUGGAGGACUCUCCUUCGCCACCAAAAGAACGACGUAGGGCGUCAAGUCCGAAAAAGACGUUUCGGGCCGCUGCAUCUACUUCUUCUUCCCCUACUUUCGGAUCAUCAAGAGCAAGUCCUCUUUUCCAAAGUACAACAAACAUAGGUGGUCCGGGUACCAAACGACCACAAUCCAGGCUCUCAGGUGGAAGCACUGCCACUACGACCUCCAUACCCACACCGACCUCUCGUCCCGCAACGCCCACCUUUCUACCGUUACCGACUGCGACCAGUACGACUAUGUUAGGACAGAAACGAUCUACUGGGCCUGGCGGUGCGAAUCCCUACGCAUAUCAACCAAAACGUUCUUCAUUGGGAGCCAGUAAUGCCGCGAUGCCACCACCACCAGGAUACGUCGGAAUUCGUUCAGGUUCUAGUACGCCGUCCGACAAUGGCAAGGCCUUGCCUCACUUACCAGGUGGUCAUGCAAAUGUUACUGUCCGUUCUCAUAACGCCAAGUUACCGGCAUCUAACUCGGCCGCUCUCCUGGGACAAAGUCGAAUAGGACGGCCAAGUGGUACUCGGAGAAAGAGUGCAGAGGCUUCACCUGAUAACACGCUCAGGUCCGAACCUGCGCGGACGAGACCAGGAAGUGCAGCUGCUCAUCGCAAGAGCAAUUCUUAA